AUAAAUCAAAAACAAUGUCGACUUAUAAAACCAAAACCUUCACUCUCUUCAUAGCAACACUACUACUCUCGUCCUGCAACACAGCCGCAAACACCACAAGGCAACCGUUAUUCCCAGCGAUUCUAAUCUUUGGCGAUUCAACAGUUGAUACAGGAAACAACAACUACCACUCACAAACGAUCUUCAAAGCUAGACAUCUUCCUUAUGGAAUUGAUCUCCCAAACCACAAACCCAGUGGAAGAUUCACAAAUGGGAAAAUCUUCUCAGACAUUAUCGCAACAAAACUCAACAUCAAACAGUUUGUUCCUCCCUUCUUACAACCAAAUCUCUCCGACCAAGAUAUUGUAACCGGAGUCUGUUUUGCAUCAGCUGGUGCGGGUUACGAUGACCGUACCAGUCUCUCCACUCAAGCGAUUCGUAUCUCGGAACAGCCAAAGAUGUUCAAGAGUUACAUUGUUCGUCUGAAAAGUAUCGUAGGAGACAAGAAAGCUAUGGAGAUCAUAAACAAUGCCUUGGUGGUUAUAAGUGCAGGUCCUAACGAUUUUAUCUUGAAUUAUUACGAUAUUCCUUCUAGGCGUCUAGAGUUCCCUUACAUUUCUGGUUACCAAGACUUUGUCCUUAAGAAGCUUGACAACUUCGUGCAGGAGCUUUACAGUUUAGGUUGCCGAAAAUUUAUGGUUGGGGGUUUACCACCAAUGGGUUGUUUACCGAUUCAAAUGACUGCUAAAUUCCACAACGCACGAAGGUUCUGCUUGGAACAAGAGAACCGAGACUCUGUCUUAUACAAUCAGAAACUUCAGAAGCUAUUACCUCAGAUCGAAGCAUCUCUUAAAGGAAGCAAAAUCCUUUACUCCAAUGUCUAUGACCCAAUGAUGGACAUGAUGCAAAACCCUAGCAAAUACGGGUUUAAAGAGACGAAGAGAGGAUGUUGUGGAACAGGGCAUUUAGAGACGAGCUUCAUGUGUAAUGCUUUUUCUCCAACGUGUAGAAAUCACUCGGAGUUUUUGUUCUUUGACUCGAUUCAUCCCUCGGAAGCUACCUACAAUUAUAUGGCCAAUUUACUGGAUACUCAAAUCCGUGGAUGGCUUGCCUAAGUCCAAUGUCAUAAUUAUAUGGGCAAUAUAAAUUUUCUGGAUAUCAACUCACACUACCAAAUCAGUUCACUUUUCACUUG